AUGUCAUAUCAUCAUGAAUUUCGCCAUGGACGAAUUGGAUUGGUGGAUGUGACACAACAUGAAGCAAUAUUACCCUUGAAAAUUACAGUUGGAUGUGAUGCACUAUCAUUGCCACCGCCUCCACCGCCACCACCUCCACCAUUACCGCCACCACCACCGCUGCCAUUAUCAACGUUUUCAAUUCUACCUGAACCUCCGCCGUUGCAGCUAACAACAAAUAAUAAUACACUUAUAACAGGUUCUUACUGGCGGGGUACACAACAAUUUUACGAGCCAGUAACUACUGCAAUGAGUGAAAUUCAAUACUGUGAACCAUUACACGCAUCUAAUGUGGGUGUGUUGCGCAAUAAUUUCAUUAACCGAAUAACACAAACACAUUCCGAACCGCGAACUUAUGUUCGUUUAAUUGAUUCACCGCCACCACCACCUGAGUUUGGUAUGCCAGUAAAACAAAUCGCUGAGACGUUGCAGAUCACCAGCUUUAACACAGAGAAUGAUAUUCAGCGUGCUGAAAAAGGUAUCCUUCAGAAUGUUCAACAGGCAAUUCAAAUUCAGUCAGAUGGUUUGAUUGAACAGAACACGAAGUUUUCUGCUGAACUUGAAAAAGAAGCAAUUGUGAAUGAAAACUGCCUUACCACACGAUCGCAAUUCAAAGGGAAGGUAUUUAAAUUUCCGGAGAACUGUGGUCGCCCACAAUCUUCAGAAGGACGUACAUUCCCGUUGAAAGUGCGAAGUGACGAUAUAAAUUAUGAUAGCAGCGAUUACAAUGAAUCUCAAACUGAAAAAGAUUCUCAUCGCAACAGUCCUGAUCCACUGUUGAAGUUUGCGUCUUUGAAACGUUCAUUACCCGUAGAUCAGGCUCCAGCUGUUAUUCGUACUGCUACCAAAAUUGUGCGCAAAGUUGCUUAUCCUACGCAGAAGAUUCUGACUUCAAAUCUCGUCAUCAGUAAUGAAGUUUCCUCUAGUCCUGUAGUUUCUGCUCAUUCGAAUGCGUUACCUGUAGUACCAAAGACAGCAAAACCAGUGAAACGUAUAUUUUCCAAUGGGACAAUGUCAAAGAACGGUAUGUCGUGGAGAAGACGAUUAACAAAUGAAGGUUUGGAAGUUGAGGAUGAAGUGCCUCAGACUGCUUCGGUGCAUAAUAUUGCGUUUAAUGGACAAAGGAUAAACCGUCGACUUCGUAGGAUUAGAGAUAAGCUGUAUACGGAGACAUCUCACGAAUGUUUUGAAUUCGCGGAACAUCGUCAUUGCCUAGCUGAUGUCUUUUGUCCGUUUGAUCAUGACGGUGACUCAACCCACAGAAUGACGAAGAUUUGUAGCAAAUUAAUGUUGGGUUUGUGUCGAGGUCACUGUAAGCAGGCUCAUUGCCUUUCUUCACAUCAGAUGCCAAUUUGUGAUUAUUUUUUGCGCCUUACUUGUUCCAAUGAACAUUGUCAAUAUUUGCAUGUUAAGCAUGCAGUUGGCAGUAAACCAUGUGAAGAUUUCAAUCGAGGAAUUUGUAAAAAAAGCUCAGGCUGUUCGUUUCCUCAUCGUUACUACUAUUCGGUGAUUAAAAAGAAGUGUGACGGACUUGGUAUGUCUAACGUAUCCCAACUCUCUUUACGUCAUAACGAAGCAGUUAAGAGCGAAGGAAGCGAUGAUGAAGGAUGCAAUGUAAAUAAGAAGUGUACAUUACAAUGGAUAUUAUGA